AUGUACGAAACACCAGACGACUCUUUGAAUGGGUCUGGACUGAUGUCUUCUCUGACUGAACAGGAGACAUGGUCGCAGCAGUACGGAACAUAUGCACAAGUAAACCAAGCACCUCCUGAUAAUUACCAAGACGAGCAGGAAUCAUAUGCUCCGUCCACUAUCCAACUUAGAACAUGUAUGAUGUGA